UCAGAAUCAACUAUUGCCGUGCGACAGAUGAAGUGUCGGCUCAGGAGAGAUUUUUAUGCCGCACGCUUUCUGAACCAUUUUUAAAACAAAAUGGACAUUUUAAAGGCAGAAAUCGUACGGAAGAGGAGGUUGGUGGAAGAGAAAGAGCUUAUGGACAACACAAAGAAGUAUUUCAAGCGAGCUGAUCUAGCCAGGAAGGAGGAAGAGGAGUAUUUCAAAAAAUGUGGAUACAAAGUUGCUCAUGAACAGCCUGUGACACAGCUGGAGAAGACGCAGCAGCAGCAGCAGCAGCAACAGCAGAAGGAAACCGCUCAGUCCACAUCAUCCAACCCUGUUCUAGAGCUGGAGCUCAGUGAGGAGAAGUUACCCAUGACCCUCUCUCGCCAGGAGGUGAUCCGUCGCCUGAGGGAGCGUGUCGAGCCGGUACGUCUGUUUGGAGAGACCGAUUACGAUGCCUUUCAGAGGCUCCGCAAGAUUGAGAUUCUCGCACCGGAAGUGAACAAGGGUUUGAGGAACGACCUGAAGGCUGCUAUGGAUAAGAUUGAUCAGCAGUAUUUGAAUGAGAUUGUAGGAGGACAGGAAGCUGGAGAUCCAGACACACAGGAUGAUCUUAAAGUACAUGAGGAAAACACCACCAUCGAAGAGCUGGAGGCUUUGGGUGAGUCUCUGGGCACCGGAGAUGAUUUUAAAGAUAUGGACGUUAUAGACAAAGUGAUGCGGUUUUUGCUGGGCGUUUGGGCCAAAGACCUGAACAGCAGAGAGGACCAUAUUAAGCGUAGCGUUCAGGGAAAGCUGGCCAGUGCCACUCAUAAACAGACGGAAUCGUACUUAAAGCCCCUCUUUAGAAAACUGCGCAAGAAGGCUUUACCGGCAGAUAUUAAGGAGUCGAUCACCGACAUCAUAAAGUUCAUGCUGCAGAGAGAGUAUGUGAAGGCGAAUGAUGCGUACCUGCAGAUGGCCAUAGGGAACGCUCCGUGGCCCAUCGGUGUGACCAUGGUGGGAAUCCACGCUCGUACCGGCCGAGAGAAAAUCUUCUCUAAACACGUGGCUCACGUUCUCAACGACGAAACCCAAAGAAAAUACAUCCAGGGGCUGAAAAGGUUAAUGACGAACUGUCAGAAGCAUUUCACAACAGAUCCUUCAAAAUGUGUGGAAUACAACGCUCUGUGACUCUCAAUCUCUCUCUCUCACACACACACACACACACACACACACACACACACACACAGCCCCCCUAGUUUUGGUGUUUCUAUUGUAAAUACACUGUAAAUAUUGUCAAAGCAACAGUCUGAAUAAAUGUUUUUUAAAAGAA